AUGGCUCUACUCGAUUUCUGCCGUUUAAAUGAAAAAAUUAACUUGAAACCCGUUGAUUCUCUCGCAUCAUUCAAUAAUGACAUUACCGGCUACAGUGAAAACUUUGUAAACAGUGCUCAGCUCGCUUCUCCCCCAUUUGCGAACCCUGCUGAAACCUUAGCACACUUCAACACAAAGGAUGAGACUGGAAAGGAAAUCAAAAUACAGUUUGACCAUGGCACCACCACUCUUGGUUUUCGAUACAAAGGAGGGGUCUUAUUAGCCGUCGACUCUCGAGCUACAGGUGGCCAAUUUAUUGGUUCUCAAUCCAUGAAGAAAAUAGUAGAAAUAAACGACUAUUUGCUUGGUACUCUCGCCGGAGGUGCAGCAGACUGUGUCUACUGGGACCGAGUACUCGCAAAGCAAUGCCGUCUCUAUGAGCUUCGGAAUAGGGAGCGUAUUUCUGUAGCAGCAGCCAGUAAACUCAUGGCUAACAUGGUGUACAACUACAAAGGAAUGGGCCUCAGCAUGGGAAUGAUGUUAGCUGGUAUUGACAAGAGAGGAGCACAACUAUACUAUGUAGACAGUGAAGGUACUCGCACUCCAGGCAAGGUGUUCUCAGUGGGCUCAGGUUCUGUGUAUGCUUUUGGUGUACUUGACUCUGGAUACAGCUGGGAUCUGUCAGAUGAGGACGCACAAGAGCUGGGUCGACGUGCGAUUUACCACGCUACUCACCGCGACGCGUACUCUGGCGGGAUCAUAAGAGUGUACCACAUCAACGACAAGGGUUGGGUCAACAUCUCCAACGAGGAUUGCUCCGACCUCCACUACAAGUACCAAGCAGAGAAGGGCAUCAAGGAUGAUCAGUUUUAAAUUGUUUUUGUAUAAGAAAUAAAAUGUAUUUGUA